AUGUCCCAGGACAUCGUCAACAACACCGGCUUUGGUGGCGGUCCUGCUCUACGGGCGCCUGACUUGACCAUCAACAUCGCUAGUCAAGGAGACCUCAUUCUCGUGGUCGGUCCUAGCCAGCGGAAGCUUCGAGUCCUGUCGGCAGUCAUCAGCAUGGCCUGUCUGAGCUCCACCAACUCGUUCGGAGAAGUCUGUGGAAGAGCGCGCGUUAAUGAUCAAGGCCUCAAGUAUGUUGUCAGGCCUAUGAUGAACGAAGACGCCGUGGAGAUGAUCUGCCAGGUCAUACACCACAAGAUAUCUCAGCGUUACCACCUGGCUCCUGAACUGGUGUUCGCCAUGGCUCUUGCGGCUACAGAAUUGCAGUGUGGCCAGUCCUUGCAAUUUGCCAUGGUCACCUGGCUUCAACCACUCAACAUGGGCAUCAAUGGUAAUGUCAGGGGCUUGGUCUAUCUUAUGGCCGCUGCCUAUAUUUUCGGUGACGUAUCCGCUUUCCGGGGCAUUACCAAGCAGCUGUUGAUGCAUCGCACUGGUGGAUUCAUGUCUCUUGCCUUGCAAUAUCCCGAAGUCUUCGCUGUGGUACCCGAACGAAUGCUCUGUAUGCUCGAAAUUCUUGGAGCCAUUUGUGUGUUCUACUUGAAGAAGGCGAUUGCGGAUGGACGUUGGGACCCAAUGAGAAGUGGACCGUCCGGUAGGGUCAUCUGCUUUUGCACCUGGGGUUACGAACGCUUUCUGUACUAUGGUCUUUCGCUUCAUGGAAGUGGACUCACCCCUCAUCAGUUGCAUGGACGUUCUAUCUGGGCCAUCGGGCAAUCCAUCAUCCACCUCAACGAUCCGCAGCCGCUGCGUCCGACAAGACAAUGCCUAAACGAUCAGCACGUUUCACCAAACUUCUGCAGUCUUCGAAACCAGCGCGUAGGAUUCGUCUACCGAGCCGCGACCCUGUGCCUCUAUUGCGUUCAGGCAGAUGCGCUUGGGAAGGCAGUCUGCACCGCAGGACAUCAGUUCUGGUCCUACAGGGUCUAA